AUGUCAACCUCCUCCCUCUCCAUCGCCGUGGAUCCUGUCGCUCUGGUGACUACAGAAUGCAUCACCGUCACCUCGUCCAUGCGCAAACAUGCCCGCUGGGCUCAUUCGUCCGUCUCCGCCAUCCUGGGCGGGAAUGCUUCCUCCCGCGUCUAUGAACGAGAUACUUCCGCCCCCCCAAGCCCGCGUACGAGCUCAACUGCCUCCCGUCCUCGCUCGAGACUGUCCGCCGUGGACGAUGAUCAUGCUCUGGCCAACCGAUGGGGUUUGAGGGGGAAGAAAGGCAAGAGCAUGCAGGACAAUCCUCUCAUCUCCGCAUUCACACGGUUACGGAGCGAUCUCAAGGAUUGUAAGGACAUUCGCACCUUCGACACUCCGGCUCUCCUCCAUCCCUUCCUGCAGGUCAUUCGCUCGUCCUCUACCUCGGCCGCCAUCACCUCCCUCGCCCUCGUCGCUAUCACCAAGUUCUUCUCCUACAACAUUAUCAACCGCGAGUCUCCAAGACUGUCGAUGGCCAUGCAGCUCUUGUCCGCCGCCAUCACCCAUUGCCGCUUCGAAGCCAGUGACUCGGCCGCCGAUGAGAUUGUCCUACUGAGGAUUCUGAAGCUCAUGGAGGGUAUGCUCUCCCGGCCAGAAGGAGAGCUGCUCGGGGACGAAAGUGUCUGCGAAAUGAUGGAGACUGGUUUGAGCAUGUGCUGUCAAGUGCGUCUCUCCGAAGUCUUGCGGCGUUCUGCCGAAAUCGCCAUGGUCAAUAUGUGCCAGGUCAUCUUUUCGCGAUUGUCGCACCUCGAAGUGACCGAACCCCUCGAGCCCGGCCCGUCGAAAGCCACAGGAGACGACGGAGAGCAGACCGCAGGCCUCAAGAUGGAUCCUUCGGUCAAUGGAGAUACUGUGACGGCGCAGAAUCCUUCCGCCAUGGGCUCCGACACCGCGGCCCCGGACAGUGAGCGUGUCAGCGGGGAUGAUCAUAGUGAACAAGCGACUAACGGUAGUGCCGUUGCUGCGCCUCCAGACCCCGAGGACGAUCUUGGGGAGGAAGCCGAGCCAUACUCGCUACCCUCCAUCCGAGAGUUAUUCCGUGUAUUGAUCGACCUUUUGGAUCCCCACAACCGGCAGCACACAGAUCCGAUGAGGGUCAUGGCCCUGCGGAUUAUCGAUGUGGCGCUGGAAGUCGCAGGCCCUUCCAUCGCGAAGCAUCCCAGUCUCGCGGCAUUGGCCAAAGAUGAUCUUUGUAGACAUCUGUUCCAGUUGGUUCGCUCGGAGAACCUGGCCAUCCUCAGUGGCUCGCUCAGAGUGGCUGGCACCCUACUUUUGACUUGCCGCCCUGUGCUGAAGCUGCAGCAGGAGUUAUAUCUGUCCUACCUGGUUGCCUGUCUCCAUCCUCGAGUAGAGAUACCUCGAGAGCCUGGCAUCGAUCCGGCCUUGUAUGAGGGAGUACCGCAGGCACCCAAGCUGGUGAAGCCUCCCCCCUCGCAAUCGAGCAGCGGCCGGUCAACGCCGGUUCCUGUGAAGGACCGACAAAAGCUGGGUCUGGAAGGGGGAUCGAGGAGACCAGAAACCCGGGAGGCCAUGGUGGAGAGCAUCGGCGUGCUGGCACGCAUCCCGAGUUUCAUGGUGGAGCUCUUCGUCAACUACGACUGUGAAGUCGAUCGUGCAGACCUCUGCGAGGACAUGGUUGGAUUACUUUCUCGCAACGCGUUUCCGGAUUCCGCAACAUGGAGCACGACAAAUGUGCCUCCCCUGUGUCUCAAUUCACUGCUAGGCUAUGUUCAAUUCAUAUACGACCGACUCGAUGACGAACCUCGACACGAGGGGUUUCCCUCGAAGGAACUCUUGAAAACCCAGCGCCAGAAGAAGAGAGUCAUCAUACAGGGCGCCCAGAAAUUCAACGAGAACCCCAAGGCCGGGAUUGCCUAUCUUGCUGCCCAUGGCAUCAUUGAGAAUCCAGACGACCCGGCCCUCAUUGCCCGCUUCUUGAAGGGAACAACUCGGAUAUCGAAGAAGGUGCUGGGGGAGUUUAUCUCCAAAAAGUCCAACGAGGCUCUCCUCGACGCGUUUGUCGAUCUGUUCGACUUUUCGGGGAAGACGGUUGUUGACGCGCUGCGAGACCUUCUCGGCGCCUUCCGCUUACCUGGAGAAUCUCCCCUCAUUGAACGAAUUGUCACGACCUUCUCCGACAAGUUCAUCCAAAAGGCCCAUCCGAAGGGCGUUGCGGAUAAGGAUGCCCUCUUUGUGCUGACAUACGGCAUUAUUAUGCUCAACACCGAUGCCUAUAAUCCUAAUAUCAAACCCCAGAAUCGCAUGACCUACACCGACUUCGCUAGAAAUCUGCGCGGAGUCAAUGCGGGACAAGACUUUGCCCCCGAAUUCCUCCAAGAGAUUUACGACUCCAUCAAGCAGAAUGAGAUCAUUCUGCCCGACGAGCAUGAGAACAAACAUGCAUUUGAUUUUGCAUGGCGCGAACUUUUGCUCAAAUCCUCCUCCGCCGGUGAAUUGGUGGUUGGUGAUACCAACAUCUACGAUGCCGAGAUGUUCGAAGCGACAUGGAAACCCGUCGUUGCGACGCUCUCGUACGUCUUUAUGUCCGCUUCCGAUGACGCAGUUUACUCCCGAGUCGUCAUGGGUUUCGAUCAGUGUGCUCAGAUCGCGGCGCGCUAUGGGAUCACCGAGGCCUUUGACCGCAUCAUCUUCAGCCUCGCCUCCAUCAGCACCCUUGCCACGGACAAGCCGCCAAGCACUGCUCUCAACACCGAAGUACAAGCUGGGAAGAAGACCGUCAUGGUCAGCGAGCUGGCUGUCAAAUUCGGACGCGAUUUCAGGGCACAGCUGGCCACCGUCGUUCUCUUCCGAGUCCUAGCGGGAAAUGAAUCGGCUGCCCAGCAGAGCUGGAAAUAUGUAUUCCGAAUCAUCAGCAAUCUUUUUAUCAACUCUCUCAUCCCUGCGUUCGAUUCCGACCUAAUCGCUGAAUUGGCAAUCCCUUCGAUCCCACUGCAGCCACCCUCGCAGGUCGUGGAUCGUGAUGCGCGCGGGAGCGAAUCAGGUCUUUUGUCAGCUUUCACCUCUUAUCUUUCCAGCUAUGCAGCCGAUGAUCCGCCAGAACCGUCGGAUGAGGAGCUUGACAACACUUUGUGCACCGUUGAUUGUGUGGCUGCUUGCUCAAUCAACGAUGUACUCCUCAACAUCAAAUCUCUCCCUGCGGCUUCUGUUGCACUGGUGGUCGAAUUCUUAUUGUCCCAGCUGCCCGAAGACACUACACCAGCGGUCAUUGUCGUGAAACCUGAAAGACCCCUACCUAGGUCACCAACUGGCAAGUUUGACGCACAGCGAUCGAACUAUGAUGCCAAGAUGAUGUAUCAUUUGGAGCUGGCGACGGUUUUGACUCUGCGUGACCACGAAACCCUCGAAGUACUUGGUGAAAGACUUGGUACCACGCUGCAGGCAUUUAUCAGAGAUGCGAAGAAUAUUCACUCGUUGGCGCUGUCACGUAUCAUCUCUUACCUGUUCCAGCUUCUUCGUCUGAGCCAUGAUCAAUCCUUCAUGCGUGUGCCUGUCAUUCUUCAUGGUAUUUCCAGCUUCGAGCAGGACACUUUAGAAAGCGUUGCUGUUCCUACGAUUCAAGGCCUUUCCCGCUGCAUUUCAGAACCGGGUCUUCUGAGGAAUGAGCUCACUGUUUCACCAGACUUCUGGUCCAUUUUGCAGAGACUGCACCAACAUACAGAGGCGGCCACCUUGGUAUUCGAGCUGCUUCAGGCAAUCAUUGUCUCGGUCCCUCCUAUCGUGACUGCAGAUAAUUAUGAGUCUGCCGUCGGUCUUGCCAAUGAAUUCAUUAGCGCUGGAAGUAUAGGUCACAUUGAGGAACGACAGAGAGAUGCAGUCUCUCGGCGGUCCAAGGCUGUCAAACCCUCGAAACCAAGCGAGAAUGAGGUUGUUUCUCGUGGCGUGAAAGGUGUUGAUCUCAUUUACCAACUGACCGGCCGCGUUCCGACCCUCAUUAAACAGUCCCACCUCGAGGAUAAUGAAGCUUGGUCCGCCUAUUGGUCUCCUGUAUUCCAAUCUCUGAGUGCCCAAUGCAUCAAUCCUUGUCGGGACAUCCGCCACCAUGCAAUUUCUACAUUGCAGAGGUGUCUCCUCUCCGUGGAUAUCAGCUCGACCGACGAUAAGGAAUGGAUAGCUAUUUUCGACCAAGUCCUUUUCCCGCUGAUUCUUUUGUUGCUGAAACCCGAGGUCUAUCAUUCUGAUCCGCGUGGCAUGAGCGAGACCCGGAUGCAAGCCGCAACGUUGGUUUGCAAAAUCUUCCUCCGCUAUCUCGACCAGCUUCCGAACCGCGACGGAAUGCUGGACCUCUGGCUGAAGAUCUUGGAUAUCCUCGACCGCAUGAUGAACAGUGGUCAGGGAGACAGUCUGGAGGAAGCCAUCCCCGAAAGUCUCAAAAACAUCCUCCUAGUCAUGGCCGAUGGCGGUUAUCUGGUGCCGCCCUCCCAAGACCCCAGCAAGGAACACAUCUGGUUGGAAACCAAGAAGCGUCUCGACCGUUUCCUCCCCGACCUAUUCAAAGACAUCUUCCCCGAGACAUCCAGCGAGAAGCCCAUCCCAGCGUUCGAGGUCUCGUCCCCCGUCCCCCCAUCCGAUGACCAUGUCAACGAGAGAACCGCCGACGAGAGCGGAUCACCAGCCCCCAGCCAGUCCGAGAGCGGCUCUCCCGAAGCCGGAAGCCCGAAUCCCGAACAAGAGAACUCUUAG